GCGGAAACGUGAAGAAAGACUCGAGGCUCGAGUUUGUUGGUCGCGCCAAUUUCGCGCGGCAAAUCCAAAAAUCUAAGAAUUCGGACGAUAUAUUUGACAAAAAAAAAAUGGCAUUUCCACAAUCACAUCAACAGGAAUUAAUCGAACUGGCCGAAUUAACAGGAAUUUCUGCGGUACCCGGUGUUUUCCGCAUUGUGUUGGAAUUAUUAGCAUUACAAGUAUCUCCAGAAGAUAUUUACACUCUUCUUAAACAAAUCUCGACAAAAGCAUCGAAACCAUUGAGCCAACGGAUGACAAAUGAAGAGGGGCAAGCUUCUGGUUCAUCCACAAAAAAAUAAUCCACUAGGUUUACUGAUUGACAAUUCAAUCCUUAAUUACUGCAUAAUAAAAAAAGAAUGUACUUAAUGUAGAUAAAAUUAUAUAAGAAAUUCUUUAAGUAAUUUACAGAUGUAAAUAGCAUCUAACAAUUUACACUUUUUAGUAGUUAUUAAUAAGAAUUGGUACAUUUUGUAAGAUAUAAUAUGACACAAUUGUUCAGUUUAUCCUUCUCAAUUUCAAUAUUAAUGAAAUUAUGCUUAUUUGUAUUUUUGUAUGAAACCAAUAUAUCUUCAAUUGUAAUAUUAUUUUAGAAAUUUAUGUAGAAAUAUAGUAUAGCCUAUAAUUUUAAGAACUUUUUGUAUCUCUGAUAUGCAUUAUAUCUUUUACAAUAGCUUACUUUAAUUGCUUAAGAAACAAAGAAUAUAUUAUGUAUGAUUUAUUA